GUAACAAAUUGCCCUCAAUCAAACAAAACUAAUAUUAAAAAAUGAAACAAAUUGCAAAGGGCCAUAAAGUUUUGGCUCACCUCUAAAUAGUUAUAUAUAUGUUGAAGUUUGCCUUAGAAAAAUGUAUCCUUCAACUCCCAAAACCCAAGUAGCACACCUAAAUUUUUUGCCUUAAAACUUUGAUUUUAUUUUUUAAAAAAUGACAAAAAUGAUAACAACAAGAAUGUCAAGAGAAAAAGUAACCAAAGGUGUUGCAAGUUUUUACGAUCAAGAUUCAAAAGGUUGGGAGAAAGUGUUAGGAGAUCAUAUCCAUUAUGGUUUCUAUGAUCCCAAUUCGAAACCCUCUUCUCUUAGAGAGAUUCGUGCUGCUCAAGUACGUAUGAUAGAGGAAGCCCUUCGAUUUGGAGGCCUUGAUGAUAACUCUGGUAAAAAGCCUAAGUCUGUGGUAGAUGUUGGUUGUGGACUAGGGGGAACCUCUAGAUUCAUGGCCAAGAAGUAUGGUGCAACAUGCCAAGGAAUCACCUUGAGUCCUAAGCAGGUUGAAAGAGCUCAAACCCUAGCUAAAGCUGAAGGUUUAGGCCAAGAUAAGGUCUUCUUUCAAGUAGCUGAUGCAUUGGAGCAGCCAUUUGCUGAUGGAACAUUCGAUUUUGUUUGGUCAAUGGAAUGUGCUGAACAUGUCAUUGAUAAAUCAAUGUUUCUAUCAGAAUUGGUUCGAGUUGCGGCUCCAGGUGCAACAAUCGUUAUAGUGACACACUGCCAUAGAGAUCUUUCUCCUUCAGAGGAAUCUUUGAAACCAGAUGAACAAAAAUUAUUGGACAAAUUAUCUGAUGCUUAUUAUCUUCCUACGUGGUGCUCUGCCGCUCAUCAUGUCAAGAUGCUUCAAUCCCUUCCUGUCGAGGACAUAAAGGUGGCAGAUUGGUCCAAGCAUGUUGAGCCAUUCUUGCCCGGUCUUAUACGCUCAUCGUUAUCAUGGAAGGGCUUCAAAGUUGUGAUGCGUAGCGGAUGGAAAACAAUGAAACGAGUAACAGUAAUCCCAUUAAUGAAUAAAGGAUUCAAGACAGGUCUCAUCAGAUUUGCAAUUAUCACUUGCCGAAAGCCAUUAAAUUAAUUAAUAAGAUUUUAAUUUUUAAAUAUAAAGUUAUGGGUUUGAUUCUCAUGGUAAUAUGAAUUAUUGUAUUUAUUCUGCAGUUUGCUUUUUUUUUUUUUCCUUCAAAUUAUGUUGCUAUAUCUUCUAGUAAUAUAGUUUAUCAAUUUCAUUAUACUUGCUAUAUUUAACUUUUUACGCUAUAAAAUUCUUUAUUUUGAUCA